AUGGAUAAGGGACUCUGCCUUUCUUGUCUGCAGCCUGGAUGCAUCAUCUCGGACUGCAGGAAGAAAGUAAGGUGUGACCUCGACGGGUGCAAGUAUUAUCACCACCGCUUGGUUCAUGGAACCACCAAGCCAUUUCAACUAGUUUACCAGCAAACCAGACAACAAGAAGAAAACCCUGACGAAGAUGCCCCAGCAGAGACGCAGAUCAAUUCGCUACUCUCUGGGAGACUUAUGAAUGUCGGCGUUCAAGUCAUGGGUCCGAGUGGGAAGGAAGUUAUCUUAGCUCUUCAAGACAAUGGAUCUGAAGCGACACUUUUAGAAGAAAAAGUGCGCAAGUCUAUUGGAGCCAAAGGACUCACAAUCCCGUUUUGCAUGACCACACCUGCAGGAAAGUCAAGUCAAGAAGAUUCGCAGAGUGUGAGCCUCUGCAUUCGAGGUUUGAAAAGUUCAAAGUUUGACAAAAUCAACAAUGUGCGAACAUUAAAUGAAGUAAACUUGUCAAGAGUUUCGCUGGACGUAGAAGAUCUGAAGGCAAAAUACCCGCAUUUGCGAAGUGUUCCUCUUCGUUCAUUCAGAAAUGAGAAACCGCAGAUGUUAAUUGGCAGCUCCCACUAUCACCUUUUAAAUCCAAUCAAGACGAUUGAGGGAAAACCUGGAGAGCCAGUCGCCAUAAAAACCAGAUUAGGAUGGACUGUCGUCAUUCCUGACUUGAAUGGAAUUGGGAGGAAUGAUAUUCGUAUAAAUCAUCAAGAAGCUCAAGUUCACCAUUUCCAAGUUCAUAAAGUACGUGAAUCAAGUCCGGAAAAAGAAGCGACACAAGUUAAGCAAAGUUUCACGGCUGAGAAAUUAAGUGUGAAACCAUUUUCAAGCAAGCCAAAACCAGAAGAAAGUAAGAAAGCCGGGGUCUGUCGCGUCUCCAUCAAACCGGAGGUCCGCCACUCCCAACGAUUCCUAUGGCGUAGGAUGGAGCGUGAUCUGGAACCUGAAGUCAACAAUAACGAAGAAAAGACCAAGCAAGAAAUUCAGGAAAUCCGACCGAGGGGAAGACCGAAAGAAAUUCAAGAACAAGAAAAAGAACCCGAAGUCAAGGAAGAGGCUGAAAAGUUAAUGGAGCCAGUUGCGAAACAACACGCCCCAAAAAUCAGCAACUCAAGUCCCCAAAUCAGUGUCAAGAUGAUCAAGACAAGAAAAGAAGAGCAGAAAUCAAGUCGCCAAGAACAGCCUGAAAGGUUUGCUGUUGUGGUCUGGUUACCAGACGGGAGGAAGAGACCCCGGAAAUCAAGACGAAGAAUUAAAAAGAUCCACCAGUACACCGGAAACCGGAAAGAAGAACGAGCGAAAGACGCGAAGACAACUGGAGUGCACCGACGCCCAGCUCUCAAGAUCGCCGCUUUGGACCAGAAACAAGAAGAUGAGCCUCCGUCGCCUGAAUCGUCGACUACAUUCAUCGGGGGGAAGAAUGUCGCGGCGAGGCAUAAGCUUAAUAAUGGUUAA